GCAGUUUAGCGCAUCUGCAGGCUUAAAUACACGGGGAACGCGACCGUGGAGCUGCGUGCUAUGAAGUUAGCUUCAUCGUCGUCCCAAAACACUCAAUAACCUAAUGAAACCAUGAUUUGGACUCCUACUAAGGACUUUUAUUUUACAGCAUGACCGCAUUUGGUAUAUUAUUUUCCGCAUCAGUGAAUGAAUACGUUUACAUGGGUGGGAAUACUAUAUGUAGGUAAAGCGCGGAUUAGCUUUGGUGAGUACAAUGGCGACACAGAGAGCUCUUCCACAAAGCAAAGAAACUCUGCUGCAGAACUAUAACAAGAGGCUGAAAGAUGACAUCCGGUCGAUUCUGGACAACUUCACAGAAAUCAUCAAAACUGCCAAGAUAGAAGACGAGACGCAGGUUUCUCGAGCAACUCAAGCUGAGCAAGACCAUUAUGAGAUGCAUGUACGAGCGGCUAAUAUUGUUCGCGCUGGCGAGUCGUUGAUGAAGCUGGUGUCGGAUUUGAAGCAGUUCCUGAUCCUGAACGACUUCCCUUCGGUGAACGACGCCAUCAGCCUGCAGAACCAGCAACUGCGUUCGCUGCAGGAGGAAUGCGACAAGAAGCUGACUUCCCUACGUGAUGAGAUCGCCAUUGACCUGUACGAACUUGAGGAAGAAUAUUACUCCUCCAGGUACAAAUAGACUCAUAUUCAUCACUGUAGUUCACUCCCACCCCUCACCCUUUGUCGCUAAGCCCCAGAAGCCAUCAUCAUUAUCAUCAUGCAGUAGUUAUGUGUGAGUGGUUGGAUAUGCACUCUGUAUAUUUAUAUGUAUAGUCGCCUUCCUUGAUUAAUCUAGUGCCUUACAUUUUACUGUGGUUUAAAAUAAGAAUUGUUGCGCUUUAAGAAUUUCAGCAAGGUGAUAACAGAUGAUUUAAAGCAUAUACUCAAUGUCACAAUAUUUGCUUUCUGCCAACAACAAUUUUACAAGAGAAAAGUAUCAAGCCACAACACCAAACAAAAUUCUGACUAAUAGUAUAGAAAUACUGACUACCUCAUUGGAAAUUAAAGAUGUCCCGAUCGAUCGGCACGUCAUUUUCAAAGUAUCGGAAUCGGAAAAAAAAUAUCGGACAUGCCUUUUUUUAAUAUAUAUAUAUAUAUAUAUAUAUAUAUGUAUUUAAUUAAAUCGUUUUCUAAUUGUAUUUAACGUUACAGACAAAAUGUCUUACACUCUCAUCCAGAGUCUUUAGUUUUGGCUUAAAGUAGGGCUAUCAAAUUUAUGGCGUUAACGGCGGUAAUUAAUUUUUUAAAAAUUAAUCACGUCAAAACAUUUAACGCAAUUAACGCAUGCGCUGCACGACCUACUCACGCAUUGUCGCAUUCAAUCUAUAAUUGCGCCGUUUUACCUAUAUACAGUGCCUUGCAAAAGUAUUCAGCCCCCUUGAACCUUGCAACCUU